CUGCAUGAAACAGCGUGAUUUGAUGACUGAAAGCAACAGGCAAGUAGUUCAACUCUUCUUGACAUCACUGGUUCUUGUAGAUCUGUUCGUUUUGGUUCGUUGCUUUCGUGUUUCUCGACGUUCGGAUUGAUGGAUUGAUAUCGAAAAUGACAUGACGCAGAAGCUGCAUAACUUAAAGCAAACACCGGAUGAAUAGAACACAUUAGCAAACACGACCCAUGACCUCUAUUCCACACCCUCCGGAAGCACGGCGGGUCCGGUACUUUUCGCUAGCUAUCGAAGAUAAAGCGAAAGCACCGAAUCCCGCAGAGCGAACACGCACUUUCCAGCGCCACAGCUUUGUGUUGGUUCUUCGUCCAGACAGCGAUCUGGCGGAUUUCGAGGGCCAGGUCAUCGUCACCAGCACGAACCGGCAACUCCAGGGUGCUCGGCUGCGUAACUGGUGGGGCUUUGCGGGCAGGAAAAGUGCGGAUGUGGCGCUACACGAUCGAUGCGGAGGGGAGAUGUUGGCGGACGCGGCGCGGCGCGCAUUGAAGAGGCGGAGGGAAGAGGAGCAGCUUCGGGGAAUCGCUUUUAUUUCGCAAGAUUUUGACGAAACAGCGGAGCUCCGGGUCGGGGAGGUGUUGCCAACUCCGGUGCCCCGCAGAGCGGGUACAUCGUUGACUAGCGCAACGUUGCGAUGCUCAUUUGUCCUACACUGCCUGUUGCCACUGUAUCGGCCGGAUGUGGAGAAACAGGAACAGCAGGAUGUGGACGAGAAUUCAAAGCCGGCAGGCGAUGAUGACGAAAGAAACGAUGUUAUUGUGGAGACGCGCGACAUCAGCCACGUGUACGCGAGUCGGGAAAUAGUGAGUACCACUGCGGAGGUGAGUGAUGCCAUCGCCACCGUGGUCAAAAAAUCGCUUGAUUGGAGCCUCAACGCAACCAGUCUGGCGCUCGUGCAAAUCGCCUGUCCCGCGCUUGGUUGCGGCGCCAAGUGCUACCCGGCGACGGUAGCGGCAGAGGCUUUUUUUACAACGGUGUCAAACCACCAGCAGUUGAGGAGAUGUUGUGAUCCAAAUUCUGCGAAUGGCAAGCAGAAGGUUGUGUUGCUAGAAGUUCGAUUUUGGGACACAGCCGUGUUUUUCGCUUGGGAAAAAGUAGCAAUGGCUGUUUUAGAUGAAAUUACAGAGGCCCAAUAUUGGGAGUUGCGAGAAUUGGGACAAACUUUGGAAAGAAAAAGAAAAACGGGCAACGGCUCGUCCUGCACCAUUGCAU